UCUAUGGCGGAACCACCAGUACUGCCUGGUCGAUCGUGGUGAUCGUAUCUAGUACUGCCGCACGAUAUCGCGUGGCCCAAAGUUGAUACGCGGCAUCAUGGAACAACCGGCCUAUUUAGUUCUGGAAAAUGGCAGUAUUUUCACUGGGAAAUCUUUUGGAGCGGUACUGCCCACGGAUGGUGAAGUCGUGUUCCAGACUGGUAUGGUAGGUUAUCCAGAAUCUCUGACGGAUCCAAGUUAUCGUGCUCAGAUUUUGAUACUGACUUACCCGAUUAUAGGAAAUUAUGGAGUACCCGGAGAACAACAGGACGAACAUGGAUUACCAUAUUUUUUUGAGUCGCACCGUAUAUGGGCGGGUGCUCUUAUUGUCGGAGAGUAUUGCGACAAACCGAGCCAUUGGCGUAAUGUGAAAACUCUAUCAAAAUGGAUGGAGGAACAAAAAGUGCCUGGAAUUCAGGGGGUCGAUACAAGAGAUUUGACUAAGGUCAUCAGAGAAAAAGGUACCAUGCUGGGCAAGAUCGUUUACAGCUUACCUAUACCAGACUCAUUAAGCAUUCCCGAUCCAAAUUUAAGAAAUCUCGUAGAAGAAGUAUCUGUAAAGAAAGUAGUUACAUACAAUAAAGGUGGUUUCCCUAGAAUAUGUGCUGUCGAUUGUGGUCUAAAGUACAACCAAAUUCGGUGCUUUUUGAAGAGAGGAGCUAGAGUAGAUUUGGUACCGUGGAACCACAAACUGAACGUAGAUGAGUUCGAUGGGUUGUUCUUGAGUAAUGGACCAGGAAACCCAGAAAUGUGUGCAAUUACUAUCCAGAAUAUAAGAAGUGUCCUGAAUAGUUCCAAGAAAAAGCCAGUUUUUGGUAUCUGUUUGGGCCAUCAGCUGUUAUCUAUGGCUAUUGGGUGUAAAAGUUUCAAAAUGAAAUACGGUAAUCGUGGCCAUAACCAACCAUGUCUCCACCACGGAACCUCCCGUUGCUACAUGACCUCCCAAAACCACGGUUUUGCCAUUGAUCCAGACACCAUUCCGGACCACUGGGAACCACUAUUCACCAACGCGAACGACCUAACUAAUGAAGGCAUAGUUCACAGCAAUUUGCCCUACUUCAGUGUCCAGUUCCAUCCAGAACACACAGCAGGUCCGCAAGAUCUGGAAUGCCUCUUCGACGUCUUCCUGGACUCAGUCAAAGAAGGCUCAAUUUCCAAGAGAAGCGUCAAAGAUAAACUGACAGACAAACUGAAAUUCGUCAGCGAUGUGCCUGUUGAAACUGACAUUCCUAACAAGAUCCUUAUAAUAGGAUCUGGUGGAUUAUCCAUAGGACAAGCUGGGGAGUUUGAUUAUUCGGGAUCACAAGCAAUUAAAGCUUUGAAGGAGGAGAAUAUUCAGAGUGUUUUAAUCAACCCAAACAUUGCCACAGUACAAACCUCAAAAGGUCUAGCAGACAAAGUAUACUUCCUCCCAUUAUUUCCGGAAUAUGUUGAGCAAGUAAUCAGAUCAGAGCGACCAGGAGGUGUAUUGUUGACUUUCGGAGGACAAACCGGUCUAAACUGUGGAGUAGAACUCCAGAAAAUGGGAGUUUUCGAUAAAUAUAACUGCAAAAUACUCGGAACACCUAUCCAAGCCAUCAUAGACACAGAGGAUCGUAAGGUUUUCGCUGAACGAAUUGCAGAAAUAGGUGAAAAAGUCGCACCCAGUCUUGCUGUUGGUUCAGUUGAAGAAGCUUUGAAGGCAGCUGAUCAGUUAGGGUAUCCAGUUAUGGCCAGAGCAGCGUUUUCUCUAGGUGGACUUGGCUCAGGAUUUGCUAAUAAUAAGGACGAAUUAAAGGCAUUAGCUGCCCAGGCACUGGCUCAUUCAAAUCAACUAAUUAUCGAUAAAUCACUAAAAGGCUGGAAAGAAGUUGAAUACGAGGUUGUCAGAGAUGCUUUUGAUAAUUGCAUAACUGUGUGUAACAUGGAAAACGUAGAUCCCUUGGGAAUACACACAGGGGAAUCUAUUGUAGUAGCUCCUAGUCAAACUCUCUCAAAUCGAGAGUAUAACAUGCUAAGAACCACAGCCAUCAACGUAAUAAGACACUUUGGAGUAAUAGGUGAAUGUAACAUUCAGUACGCUUUGAGUCCAUACUCCGAAGAAUACUUUAUAAUCGAGGUAAACGCUAGAUUAUCGCGAAGUUCAGCUCUAGCCAGUAAAGCAACUGGUUACCCCUUGGCUUACGUAGCAGCUAAGCUAGCUCUAAGCAUACCUCUUCCAGAAAUCAAAAACUCAGUCACUGGAGUGACCACGGCUUGUUUUGAACCCAGUCUUGAUUAUUGCGUGGUAAAGAUUCCUCGUUGGGACCUUCACAAGUUUGCUAGAGUGAGUACUAAAAUCGGAAGCUCGAUGAAGAGCGUUGGGGAGGUUAUGGCAAUUGGAAGGAAGUUCGAAGAAGCUUUCCAGAAAGCUUUGCGGAUGGUUGACGAGAAUUUCCCAGGUUUUGACCCAUUCAGCAGUGAAGUAAACGAUGCUGAACUCAUUGAACCCACCGAUAAAAGAAUGUUUGUUAUAGCUGCGGCUUUGAGGGAAGGUUACAGUGUCUCAAAGCUCCACGAGCUCACAAAAAUCGAUACGUGGUUCCUACAAAAAAUGAAAAACAUUAUCGACUAUUUUACGAUGCUCGAAACCGUAGAUCAAACUAGUUUGACAAGCGACAUGUUGCUGAAAGCCAAACAACUGGGAUUUUCUGACAAACAGGUUGCCGUAGCCGUGAAAAGUACCGAACUAGCAAUCAGAAUGAAGCGUGAUGAGUACGCCAUCAAGCCUUUUGUUAAACAAAUUGACACAGUUGCUGCAGAAUGGCCUGCUACGACUAACUAUCUCUAUUUAACUUACAAUGCUACAAAUAACGAUUUGGACUUCAGUGAAGAACACAUUAUGGUUAUAGGUUCCGGAGUGUAUCGCAUAGGAAGCUCUGUAGAAUUCGACUGGUGUGCUGUGGGAUGUUUGAGAGAACUUAGACGUCUUGGAAAGAAAACAAUCAUGGUAAAUUAUAACCCCGAAACGGUUAGUACAGACUAUGAUAUGUCUGACAGACUGUAUUUUGAAGAAAUCUCCUUUGAAGUCGUCAUGGACAUCUACGAUUUAGAAAACCCCGAAGGAAUAAUACUGUCUAUGGGAGGUCAACUUCCUAACAACAUUGCCAUGGAUCUUCAUAGACAACAAGCCCGGAUUUUGGGUACUUCCCCAGACUGUAUUGAUGGAGCAGAGAAUAGAUUUAAGUUCUCCAGAAUGCUGGAUCGGAUCGGUAUAAUGCAACCCCGUUGGAAAGAACUGACCAACUUGGAGUCUGCUGUCCAGUUUUGUCAAGAAGUCGGAUAUCCUUGCCUUGUUAGACCUUCAUACGUCCUUAGUGGUGCAGCAAUGAACGUAGCUCACUCUGAUCAAGACCUGAAAACCUACCUAAACGCAGCUAGUGAUGUCAGUAAAGAACACCCAGUUGUCAUAUCAAAGUUUAUCCUCGAAUCUAAGGAAAUAGACGUUGAUGCUGUAGCUUGUGACGGUAUCAUCCUCUGCGUUGCUGUUUCCGAGCACGUUGAAAACGCCGGUGUACAUUCAGGAGACGCUACUUUGGUCACUCCACCUCAAGAUAUCAACGAGGAAACGUUAGCUAAGAUAAUGUACAUCUGCAAGUCCAUUGCAGCGUCCUUAGAGGUCACAGGUCCCUUCAACAUGCAACUGAUAGCCAAAGACAACGAUCUGAAAGUUAUAGAAUGCAACGUCAGAGUCUCUAGGUCUUUUCCUUUUGUUUCAAAGACUUUGAACUACGAUUUCGUCGCUAUGGCAACUAGGGUUAUUGUUGGAGAAGCUGUAGAGCCUGUAGACGUACUGGGAGGUUGCGGAAAAGUGGGAGUAAAGGUUCCCCAGUUUUCUUUUUCAAGAUUGGCAGGUGCCGAUUUUAUGUUGGGUGUGGAGAUGGCUUCUACAGGUGAAGUGGCGUGUUUUGGUGAUAAUCGGUACGAGGCGUACUUGAAGGCUUUGAUGAGUACGGGAGUUACUAUACCGAAGAAGUCGAUUUUGUUGUCAAUAGGCAGUUUUAAGCAUAAAACGGAACUACUGCCGAGUAUGAAAAUUCUGAAAAGUCUGGGAUAUAAACUAUACGCCAGUUUGGGUACUGCUGACUUCUACAAUGAGCACGGUGUCAAGGUCGAGUCGGUUCAGUGGACUUUCGAAAACAUCGACGACAUCACCAAUGAGUCAGAGUUGAUUCCUUUGGCAGAGUUCCUGUCCAAAAAACAGUUUGAUCUGGUGAUAAACUUGCCCAUGAGGAAUGGUGGAGCUAGGAGAGUGUCUUCGUUUAUGACCCAUGGAUAUAGAACUAGAAGAUUGGCCAUAGAUUACUCUAUACCGCUUAUAACGGAUGUCAAGUGCACGAAACUUCUUGUCGAGGCUAUCAGACUCAUAGGUAAAUCAGCUCCUCCUAUGAAGACUCACACCGACUGCAUGUCUUCCAGGAACCUAGUUAAGCUACCUGGUCUCAUAGAUGUGCACGUGCACGUCAGAGAACCAGGUGCCACUCACAAGGAGGACUACGCCUCUUGCACAGCGGCGGCUUUAGCUGGUGGAAUCACGCUUAUUUUGGCUAUGCCCAAUACCAAUCCUGCUAUAGUUGACGAGGAGGCUUUCCUACUGGUUAAAAAGUUGGCUAAAGAUGGUGCUAGGUGUGACUACGGAUUAUUCGUAGGUGCCUCUUCUGAUAACGCCACCACGAUCAGCGAACUAGCCAAUGACGCUGCCGGCCUGAAGAUGUACCUAAACGAAACGUUUACUACCCUAAAACUGAACGAUCUGAGUGUUUGGAACAAACACCUCAAUAGUUGGCCAAAAAAAGCACCGCUAUGCGUCCAUGCCGAGAGUCAGACCACUGCGGCCAUCAUAUUGUUGUCCAGCUUAUUGAACAGGCCAGUUCAUAUAUGUCACGUGGCAAGGAAAGAAGAAAUCUUGGUCAUAAAAGCAGCCAAAGAAAAAGGCCUUAAAAUCACAUGCGAAGUAUGUCCGCAUCAUUUGUUCCUGUCCACUAAAGACCUACCAAAUUUAGGACCUAGAAAAAGUCAAGUUCGACCAAUGUUGGUAACUCCAGAAGAUCAGCAGGCUCUCUGGGACAACCUCCAUAUCAUAGACUGUUUUGCAACAGAUCAUGCACCUCAUACUGUUGAAGAAAAACUUAGUGCAAAUGCACCACCCGGGUUUCCAGGUUUGGAGACAAUUCUGCCACUUCUUCUCGAUGCUGUGAACGAAGGACGUCUUACCAUGGACGAUAUAGUAAACAAACUCUACAGGAACCCUAAAAAGAUCUUCAAUCUACCGGAACAGUUUAAUACGUACAUUGAAGUAGAUAUGGAUGAAGAAUGGGUUAUACCAGAUGCGAUGCCUUACAGUAAGGCAAGAUGGACUCCAUUUGCUGGUAGGAAAAUCAAAGGUGCAGUUCACAGAGUGGUUCUUCGAGGUGAAGUAGCGUAUGUUGAUGGACAAGUACUUCUCCAACCAGGUUUUGGUCAGAACGUCAAAGAAUGGGACAAGAAAGUGUUCACUCUAGCAGCUCAGACAGAAAGCAGACCUUCAUCGGCUUUGGAUAGGCCACUGUCUCCGUUUCCUCAUCAGAACGACUAUGAUAUUGAUGGGCAUACCAACGAGAUGUUUUCUAAACUAUUGGCAACUGAUAGCAAGGUACACUUUGCAAAUGAUACUCAAUUCGAUCUGCGUCAAACCAUGGCCUCUCCAAUACCACCUCUGACCUUAGCACCCAGAAUCAGAACUGAAAGUUUCUCAAACCAACCGGAUAGACCCAAAUCGCGCUCUGAAAUCCCAUUGACACCCAGGAUCAGGACGGAGAGCUUUUCAAACCAAACGGAUCGUCCCAAGGCCAGGAUCAGGACCGAAAGUUUUUCAAACCAACCGGAUCGUCCCAAAUCCAGAUCAGAAACCGCCACUCACAUCCAGUCGGAAUUGGCACCUCACCAUCAUGCUCACGGACUGACUGGAAAGCACAUUUUGGGUGUGGAUAUGUUCAAUAAGGAGCAGUUGAACUAUAUCUUCAAUUUAGCUCAAACAUUCAGAGUUUACGUGUCAAGAGAUAGACCUCUGGAUCACGUGUUGAGAGGCAAGAUCAUGGCCUCGAUGUUCUACGAAGUUAGCACCAGGACCUGUUGCAGCUUUUCCGCAGCUAUGCAAAGACUCGGAGGAAAAGUUAUAUACAUGGACGACAGUAGUUCCUCGGUGAAAAAAGGUGAAUCGCUAGAAGAUUCCAUUUCGACUCUAGCCAGUUACUCGGAUGUGAUAGUUCUGAGGCAUCCAACACCUGGAUCCGUUUUUAAAGCAUCACAGCAUUGCAGAAAACCUCUGAUAAAUGCUGGUGAUGGUGUGGGAGAACACCCCACUCAAGCUCUGCUGGAUAUCUUCACCAUUCGUGAGGAAAUCGGUACUGUCAACGGACUGGUCAUUACUUUGGUUGGUGAUUUAAAGAAUGGCCGUACUGUACACUCAUUGGCUAGACUUUUAACCUUAUAUAACGUACAGCUGAGGUACGUUAGUCCUCCAAAUUUGAAAAUGCCACACCAUAUUACCAAGUUUGUUUCUGAGAAGGGUAUAAAGCAACAGGAAUUUGAUAGUUUGGAGGCGGUGUUGCCGGAUACUGAUGUGCUGUAUAUGACAAGGAUACAGAGGGAGAGGUUCGAGUCACAGGAAGAAUACGAAAAAGCCUGUGGACAUUUUAUAGUAACUCCCAAACUGAUGACAAGAGCAAAAAGAAAGAUGGUAGUCAUGCAUCCACUUCCAAGAGUGUUCGAAAUUAGUCCAGAAUUUGAUACUGACCCCAGGGCAGCAUAUUUUAGACAGGUUGAAUGCGGAAUGUUUGUGAGGAUGGCCAUACUAUCUAUGGUCAUGGGAAGAUGCUGAUAUGAUGGAUUAUUUUUAGGAAAAUAUCAAAUGAUCUAGAGAAUGGUAUAACUGGACUGUAAGAGUGGACAGAAUUUUUUUAAAAUAAUAUUUUUUAAACAAUUUUUUUUAUAUUAUUAUAAUUUUAUCAAUUGUUAAGUUAUUGUGAAUACACUCGUUUUAAGAUAUGUUUCCUAACACUACCUGUUAACCUGCUAAAUCUGUGAAUCAGAUUCUUUAAAAAUAACUGUAUAAUUUAAGGAAUUACUCAAUUACUUAAAAAUUCUCAAUUUUUGUUGGUUUGAUGUUAACCAACAAUUGGUUAUUACAUAUCCACUCACGGUAUCUCCAAUAGAUUGUUAAAUAAAUAUCAGUAAUUUCGAAUAAUGUAUUUAUCUAAUUACCCAGUUUCGUCUAUAUACAGGGUGUUAUGUAAACUAUGGGCUCGGAAUAAUAUAAGUUUUAUAGAAAAUAUAUUUUGAUAAAUUAAAUUUAUUC